CGGUACCCAGCUGGGGAACGACCCUCGUCGAACCUAGAACCGAGAGGGGACUGCCCUCGCGCUGCUGCGUCGCCAGUAAAUCUGCCAGCGCUUGUUGGCUCUUCACUCGAUCGCCCGCCGCUGACUUUAAAUCUGACCCAGAUCUAACCGAACCGAGGACGCCGUCGGUGUGUCCUGGCCUCCYGACCCUAGAGCCCAGCUGGAAACCGAAACCGCGGGACUCGGCGUACGGCACCGCCCGCGGCCGCCCCCGGCACACUUGUAAGUUUCGAUUCUCCCCGGAGCCGAGUCCCGCGCAGCGGCCAGGCCAGCGCACCGAGCGAGCAGGCGAGCGCGCCAUGGCUGACCCGGAGGUGUGUUGYUUCAUCACCAAAAUCCUGUGCGCCCACGGGGGCCGCAUGUCCCUGGAAGCGCUGCUCGACAAGAUCGCGCUCUCSGAGGUGCAGCUCUGCGAGGUGCUGGAGGCGGCCGGGCCCGACCGCUUCGUGGUGUUGGAGACCGGCAGCAGGGUCGGCGUYACCCGGUCGGUGGUGGCCACCACUCGAGCCCGGGUCUGCCGUCGCAAGUACUGCCAGAGAGCCUGCGAAAACCUGCAUCUCUGUAAACUCAACCUGCUGGGCCGGUGCCACUAUUCGCAGUCGGAGAGGAAUUUAUGCAAAUAUUCUCAUGAGGUUCUCUCAGAAAAGAAUUUCCAAGUCCUGAAAAACCACGAGCUCUCUGGACUUAACCAAGAGCAAUUAGCUGUACUCCUCCUCCAAAGCGACCCGUUUUUUAUGCCUGAGAUUUGCAAAAGUUAUAAAGGAGAAGGUCGAAAGCAGAUUUGUAGCCAGCAGCCACCAUGCGAGAGACUCCACAUCUGUGAGCACUUCACCCGAGGGAACUGUAGUUACCUCAACUGCCUGAGGUCCCAUAACCUGAUGGACAGAAAGGUGCUGGCCAUCAUGAAGGAGCACGGGCUGAGCCCAGAUGUGGUCCAAAACAUCCAGGACAUCUGCAACAACAAACAUGCCCGUAGGAACCCUUCUGGGCCGAGAGCUCCUACCCCGCACCGUAGAGCUGGGAUGAUUAGAGGUAGAAGCAAGAGUAGGGACAGAUUCCUGCCGGAGAGCCAAGAAUUUCCUCCAUCUGCCUCAGGGGCUGCUCAGAGUUCCCGCACAUCCAGUCCAGAUGUUGUUGGCCAAAGGCUUUUCCUGAAGGAUGUGGGGGUCGGUGACCUCACCCACAGGUUCACGUAUCUGGGGAGUCAGGAUCAGGAUCGCACUCCACCUUCCUCCCUCUUGUCUAAGGCACCUGGUCUUGGAGGACCAGGUCAGGUGGGGUCAAGCCAGAAGUUUUCAGAGAAUGGAAGUUCAGAUCGCCUCUUUUAUAGGAAUCAUUCAGAUUCAAUGCCGUCCUCCAGCCAGAAGGGGUCCCCAACCUGGCAGAACGACCAAGGCACCAGGAGAGACGAUGUGUUUUUUCCAGGUCAAGCUGCUGUGGGCUCUCCUCUUGGUUUGGGGAAAACACCUGAAACCGUAACUACCAGAAAGAGCACUGCCAUCCUCUCCCCAGACCUUGUGAAUGUCAAGGGCAAGAAUGGGACUCAGGACACUCAGCGGCAUGUCCCUCUUUUUAAUAAUAAUUAUGAUGGAGCGACCAUGGAUAUAACUUCCGCAAGAUUUCUAAAUCACGGAACCACAACCGGCAGCCAGAGAGAGAUGGCGGUAGCUAGGAAUCAACAGGGCAAUGGAGCUGCUCCCCAAGAAGUGCACACCACUGCCCGAAUGAGAAAUGACCCAGGAGUGGCAUUUUGUAAUGAUUCCAUAUUGGAUGCCGUAAGCACCUCUUCUAGGAUGGAUGAUCAUGGCUCCAAGGAAAUUUGUCUAGAUUAUCUACAUAAGAGCUGCCAGCCUAAUCGCGACUGUAACAAAAUCCACUUCCUCCUGCCCUACCGAUGGCAGAUAUUCAAUUCAGACACUUGGAUGGACAUUCCRUACAUGGAGAAGCUUGAGGAGGCCUAUUGUGAUCCCAAAACCCACAGCUUUUUUGUAGGAAAUGAUAAAAUCAAUUUCGAGAAUAUGACUUGUAACUCGAGUCCCAUCCAACGCCUCUCCACUCCUUCAUCUGUCACAACCUUGGCCAACUCUGUCUUUGCUACCAAAUGGGUUUGGUAUUGGAAGAAUGAAUCUGACCAAUGGAUUGAAUAUGGGGAGGAGAGCAACAACCAGCCCGGUUCCAACAUCRACUCCACAUAUCUGGAGUCCAUGUUCCAGUCCUACCCCAGAGGAGUGGUGCCCUUCCAGGCAGGGUCACGGAACUACGAGCUGAAUUUCCAAGGGAUGAUUCAGACAAACAUAAUUUCCAAGACUCAAAAGGAUGUCGUCAGAAGGCCGACAUUUUUUUCUUCCCAGGAUUCGAAGCAGAUGAGAAGGGAGCCAGACCAUCAGGUGGCACAGACUGCAGCAGCAGAGGCUUUGACCAUGUCCUCGAAAUCGCUUCCUCAGCAGGACCUUGGCUCCCACCCUCCAAGUAAAUAUAAGUUGGAGGAGCUCGAAAGCCUAAGCGCAGAAUAUGCCAACAUAAGUGACUAUUUUAAAGCUUCCAUGAAAAAUUUCAAGAUUGAAAGGAUAAAGAAGAUCCAUAACCAAGAGCUGGAGAAGAAUUUUGAAAGGAAGAAAUCGGAGAUGCAGACAGAAGAAAAAUUGCUGUUUUAUGCAACAAGCCGUACCAAUGUGGAUUCUAUUUGUUCUAAUAAUUUCAACUGGUCUGUGCAUGGACUUCAUGAAAUCAAAUAUGGAAGAGGAAAUCACUUUGCAAAAGAAGCCCUCUCUUCCCAUAAAAAUUGCCCGGAUGAUGGUAGAAGCCCGGUUAUGUUUGUAGCCCGAGUCCUGGUUGGAAAUGUUGCCGAGGGAAGAAUGACGUAUACGAUGCCUCCUCCACGCAGUGACAGCUGUGUGGAUAACACUGUGAAUCCCUCCGUUUUUGUCAUCUUUCAUAAGGAUCAGAUGUACCCAGCAUAUGUGAUUGAAUACACUGAGAUGGAUAAAGCCUGCGUGAUUUGUUAGGAAGGAUGCACACCAAUUCUGUUCACAUGUGGGACCAACUUGUCCCGGUAAUAGUUAGACUUUUAAUAUUUUCUUAUCAAGUUACCUAAUGUCUUAAUUCAGUGGUACCCAAAUUUUGCUGCACAAAAAUUCCGAUGCGCCUCACUCUGAUAAAAUCACUCUUUCCAGGGGUGACAGCCAAGUAGUGGCAUUUUUUUAUAGCUCUCGAAAUGAUUCCAGCAUGCUAGAAAUUUUGCAUUGUCUUAGCUGUAACUGGUCAAGGCUCAUUUCUAAAUUUUCUACAGUUAUAUUAAUCUCUCUCAUUGCUUUGAGUUUUACGUAUAGCACAGUUACGUUUUGGUUAAAUUUAAAGAAAAUUAAUUUGGGAAAUUUGAGAGAAAUCUAAUAAUACCUAUGCAAACAAGCACAUAGGACAUUACAGCCUUGGGUGGAAGAUUAUGAACAGCUGCGGGAAAAGUGCCUAGGGACACACUGAGGGGGGGAAAUUAAAUAUAAAUGCUAUUAUAGACAUAACCGCAGUACUAUACCGUACCAUGUGAUGAAACUAAUUUGGGGACACGUUUAUCUGUCUCUGCCUGUACUCAGAAGACAGACUCCAUAAUAAGAUUCUGGGAGGCAAUAAAUAAGAGCCAUCAAGUAUGUCUCAGAAAGAAGCAAGCAACUAGAGCUCAAAGCCCAUUUGGGCUCUUUAUAUAGUGAGGACCAAGUAGACAUUUAUAUUCUAACUAAUGUGAUUACAGAGAAGGUAUUUUGCAUGCCAGGCUUUCAUGAAGAUGUCUGUAUUUUAGAAGGACUGCAGUAAUCAUAUUCACAUAACUAGGAAUGAUGAAUCUGAGUGCUAUUGUAGUCGUUUGCUGGAGUUGAGAGUCACCAAGGAAUUAGGAGCAGGACAUUCCUAAGGAUGGACCUCUUAUGAGGUGAGAUGUGUUUAUUGGUGAGCACAGAAUCUGAACAAAGAGAAUAAAGUCCCAAGCAGGGACCUUGUGCCUGCUGGGGCUUCUUUUUAUAAAAAUAGUGAAUUGUACUGUAGUAUAGUCCAUUUUUAGAGCAUUUGAGGUGCCUGGACCAAUAUCUUCCUUCCUUAUUUUGAGUGAGUUUUUUUUUUCCUUCCAAUUUUCCUUUGUCAACAUUCCAUAUCAGUUGCCAAAAUUUCAUAUUAAGUUUUAGAUUAGUAUAAAAAGCUUCAUAAUUGCUUGGUUUAAGUGUUUCCACUCAUAACAUGAAGUUUUUUUUUUUUUUAACAAUAGGGUUAUUUUCUGUAAGGCUUCGCACGAGCGGUUGUUGUCAUUCACUCUGAUCGUGAUUUUGAAUGGGCACUCUAAAUGAAGCCACUUAGAGUGGCUUGACCCUUGUGCUGUCGAGGUGCCCUUUAUCCAGCUCUUUCCACAUGCCUGCUAGGCAGCUCUAGUCUGCUAUUUUACAGGCAUCUCCAGCUGCACAUGCCCAUCUGCCUCCCUCACAGGAAUACAGUCCUCCCCAAGUYAACAGUGUCACUGGAUCCCAUCUACCCAUGCGGAAUUCCAGGGGCUAUCCUCGACUCUUGCUGUCCCUCCCACUACAUAUCCAAGUCUUUCCCAAGUCCCAUUUUACCUCUUUAAUAUCCCUUGGUCCCCUUCUAAGUUGUUCUCUACUUAGCAGCAAKAUUGGCCAUAUUUUAAAAUAUUUACUUAGUGAUUCUCUUUCCAAACACAAAUCUGAUCUUUACCUUUAGGAUGAAAUUCAAAAGCAUGAUCAUGGCCCCAUGUGAUCCUCCCUUCCCUACCCUUCUAUCAUUUAUUUCUUCUACGUGAGACAUCCUGGCUCCUACACAUUUCUUUGGUGCCCUCUUCAUCUAGUUCAGUGGUUCCUAGCGAGUACUUUUGCCUUUAACAACAACAACAAAAAAAAGAUAAAUACUUUGCAACAUCUAUUUUGUUGUCUUCAAAAYACAUUUCAGAGGUAAUAUAUUCUACCUACACACAAUCUGGAAAUACAAUAAAAUUUAAGUAAUAUUACUAUUAAUUUAAAAGGCAAACAAUGCCCAUAAUUUGGGCACAACCUUACAGUUCUAGGAGGCAUAAUGAAGUAAUCACAUGCUCAUUUCUACUUAUAACAAAUAAAUUUGAGCUUGAAAGUAGAUCAGAAGCUAGGGCAUACAAAGAAGCAUGGAAAAAUGAAAAAACAGAGACAUGAGUGGACRUUAGAAUAAAAACUAGUGAUAUAACAACUUACUUGCAUGUGAUAACACUUGUGUGUAUGUGAUAGGAGAAAGAAUGAAAUAACAAAGAGAAAGGCUAUGCAAGAAAAUUUUCAGAUUGUCGAAAGAGAGAAAAUAUGAUAUUCUUACAGACGAGCUGUAGAUUUUAUAUGUGAAUGUCUAGCGAGACAUUAGACAUUCAAAAUCCGUAUGGGGUUUCUGAUAAUUUCUCACUGUGAGAAAUUGUCCAUCGUAUUGCAAGAUGCUCAGCAUACUUGGUUCUCAUGUGCUGGUUGCCAGUAGCGCCCCACCAGCCUGUAUCAUAGCAACCACUUACUCUAUCAUACUUGUUCACCCUUUUCAGAACCAAUGUUUUGCAACAUCCCCUUGGCUGUCCUGAGAUGAUUUAUAGAUAAUGCAACAUACUUACACACAGGAAUUUCUUCAUAUAUUAACUUGAUGGCUCAAUUCUACUAUUGGAUAUAGGGAAUUAGAAAUUUAUAAUGAAAAUAAGGUGAAUUUCAAUAUGUAAAUGCUCAGGCAUGACUACUUAAGAGUUAGCUAGGGGUUACUUCCUGUAAAGAAGUACAGGAAAGUGAAAGAUCAGCAUUAUGGGUGACAAUAGAAUGUGGACCAGUAUUAGGGUGAGUCAUAACAGACCAUCUACCUUAUCUAUGAUAAAGGAAAGGGCGAAAUUACCUUCAUUGAAGUAAGGAUAAUAGGACAAGACAAGUUGCAGAUUGUCUCAGAGGAAACAUGGAUUCUUUUCUCUCAAGACAAGCUAUAGGUCCUACAUAAAUGUCCAGCAGGACAUUAGACAAGUCGUACAGGGUGCAGAAUAGUUACUCAAUGUGUGGGACAAGCCCACACACUGAAGGACAUCUGUUACCCCUGACUGCAUCUACUCAGUGCCACUUAUAGUCCCCAAUUAUCAUGAAGCCAACUACUACUCAUCACAUUCCACUGACCUAGAUUCACUCAACUGUUAUCUCCACCAGGAAAGAGCCCUAUAGGUCACAUCCUUGCUCCUCUCCCCCGAGGUUUUAGGAUACUUUGUGUAUUGAUUUAUCCAUUCUUGGCAUCUAUGGAAUUUGAGACUGUCUGCUUCCUGCGAUAGAUUGUAAGCUCCCCAAGGGCUGAGUCGACCCGUCUUAAUUUGUUUUGCUACCACUGAUGCCCAGCCUAGCCGGGCGUUUGAUAUAUUGAUACGCUAGAUAGAUUUUAAUGAAUA